CCUCCCCAUUAUUCAGAUCUCGUCGAAUUAACGUUUUCAAAAUUUUUGAUUCUCCAGGAGACUGAAGUACUGGAUCGAAACAAAAAUGGGGUUGCGCGACCUGGAGAAAAUGAAGGUCCGCCAGGACUACCGGAAUCUAUGGCACAAGGAUUUGAUGAGCACCAUGACUUUCGACCCGGCCUAUUGUUGCUUUGCGCUUUUCUGUCCAUAUUGUGCUUCUUACAAGCUCCGCAAACGAGCUAUUUACAAUGAUAUGUCAAGGUAUAUAUGUUGUGGAGGAUAUAUGCCAUGCAGCGGAAAGUGUGGAGAGAAACACUGCCCUGCAUUUUGUCUUUGCUGUGAGGUUUUAUGUUGCUUUGCACCUUCAGUUUCCUCAACUCGCUAUCUAAUACAAGAUGAGUUCAAUAUAAAGACAACACCAUGUGAUAACUGCAUUAUUGGAUGCAUGGUCUGUCUCAAACAAAUAUCAUGUAUUUGCAGCUUGCUUGCUUGCCUAACAGGAAGUGGUGAACUCGGUGAUAUUGCUGAGUGCCUGGGCUGUAUUUCUGAUACAGUUUAUUGCUCGGUUUGUGCUUGCAUGCAGACGCAGCACAAGAUUGAACUGGACAAAAGAGAUGGCAAGUAUGCUCCACAGCCAGUUAUGGCAGCUCCUCCAACGCAGCAGAUGUCACGCGCCGAUCGCUCAAUUCCUUCCCCCGGAUAUCCACCUCAAGGAUCUCCACCGAUGGGAUAUCAUCAACCUCCACCAAUGGGAUAUCCUCAUCAACCACCAGGAUAUAUGCAUCCUCCGGCAUAUGGGCAGCCUAUGAACGGGUCCUCAAAAGGCGGCCAAGAUCCGUAUCCUCCUGUUCCUUAUCAUCCACAACAUCCACCAUAUCCACCUCAUAUGUAUCAUCCACAUGCUGCUUAUUUUCCAGGGCCAGCACCAGGUGCUUAUCCUGCAGGUCCACCACCAGGUCUUUAUCCUCAAGGUCCAGACUCGGGUUUUGUUCCAGGUCCAGAAUCUGGUCCUUAUCCUCCUGCACGACCUCCUCCACCUCCUCCUGGCUAUCAAGCAGAACCAAGUGCACCUCUUCCUCCUCAUGAAGAACACCCUGAAACUGCUCCGACUAGCAGCAAUCCUCCCAAGUGAAGAUAUGUUGCAGACUGAGAUACAUUCUAGUGGAAGUGAAGGAUUUUGCAGGAGAUUUGAUUCGCCAAUUGUGGCGAACUACUAUUUGAAGCUAGGAAGCCAGCAGCGUAUCCUGGGUGAGAUGGAGAAUCAGUCACGAGCUUACUUUGCUUGUUCAAUUGUACGUCUUUGCCUGAACUUCUUUGAUGCAAUUUCGUCCUGGGUGAAUGACUGGUCAUGGUGUCACACGCUUUUCAGAAUCAUAACAAUUCAGAUGGAUGCUCUAAAUCUCAUUAGUAUCUUUAUGCCUAUGUCUACGAUAUGUAGGUAUAUUAAGUAAACUAUUUUCAUACAGCGGUAGAUCGGAUCUGUGCAUUGGUACACUAGCUAACCUAAUCUCGAUAUAGUAUACGACUCGGAACUGGUAUACUGCUAUAACAAGUUGGUCUACAUUUACUAUACCGAUACGUUAAUCUAUCGUAUAACUCUUUGUAA